CACAAUAUAAACAAAAUGAAAUGCAGCUGAUUUCGGAAUACAAAACAAGUGCAAAUUGUAAACUAAAAUAAAUUUGGAUUUUCUCCACGAUGGAUGCUAACAGGAGUUCUGCUUCACGGCUUGACGAUUUCCUCAGCUGCUGUCGGUUAUGUUUCAGUCGUAGCUCUACGCUAGUGGAUUUGUUCAAUACACCAGACAACGUUGAUACGUUGGCGAAGAUUAAAAACUGUCUUGAUAUAGUAAUUACUCCGGAUGAAUCGCCAGCUACAUCAAUCUGUCAGCGGUGUCUAAUGUUAACUGAGCAGUUCUACAACUACCGACAAAUUUGCCGCACAUUCGACCAAAUGUUUCACAAAAGCAUCAAAAUUAGCAGAACGUCCAAUGUCGAUGGAAUUGCUUCAACUGACUGCGAUAAUGAGCUGGCGAAUAUACAAAUUAAAUCAGAACCACUAGAUAUAUCUGAUCGAAUAGAGCAUGAACCUUUGGAUAUUGGUUUUGACAUACUAAAAGAGGAGUCUGUCAAUGAAGAUAUCGAUAUAUCAGCAAAUAAACAUUUAGAACCAUCCGGAACAAGUGACGACGGUGGGCCAGCCCGCCCAUCCCUCAAGCGAGGUAGAAGACUUAAGAAAAUUCAUAAGGAAGGAUUAUCCGUUCGUAUGAUCAUAGAAAAAAAUCGCAUGAACUGCACUAGGGUAUAUGCGAACGGCAACAUGCAAUGGGCAUGCGAUAGCUCAGAUUGCCCAUUUCUGUACAAUGGAUUGCCAGAAGGCGUACUUGUUCCACGCUCAAGUAAGCCACAUAAUCAUCGUCCUCAUAUGGAGCGCGUUGGUUUGAUUUAUGUCGUUAAUACAGGACAAAUAGAGCACUACGCAGUUGACAGCAAAUCUGAUGUAAGUGAUGUUGCUAAGAUGGUGUGGAAUGAUCACGAAUGGACCUUAUCACCGGACAACCAAAUGGGUGUAUGUACUAAACAAAAACGUCGUCGGACUGGGAAGACAUGUCCUAGAUACAUAAAAAUUCAUGGAGAUUUUGAGCAAGUCGAGGAGUGCGGCGAUGACCACAAUCAUCAGAAAAACUUUUUCCUAAUUCGAACAAGCGUUACGCCCUCAGAUUUCGAUAUCAAUCUGUGGAAAUUAUUUUGUCAAAUAGAUCCCUGUCGACUCUCGUUGGCCGGUGAAAUGGAAUUACCCAUCCGGCUCAAGUUGUUCUACCAGGGCAACCAGCUUCGACUUGCUGAAUGCAGCUGGGGUGGUACUAGCAGGUGGCGUUGUGACACUGUAAACUGCCAUGGGCUGCUCAGUAUGAGUGACUCAGAUAUGACGUUCGAAAAGAAGCAUUCGCACGAGCCGCCCAUCGAGCGACAAGGUGUGUUUAACGGGAUUUACUAUUGCGUUAUGACGACGAACAUAGGCUUAAAGAGAAUAUUCUACAAUGGCCAUAAUUUCGGUAGCAGAAGCUCGGGGAAAUGGAUCUGCGCUGUACCGGGCUGUAGUGAGCGCCUGUUCGUUGGUGAAAAUUAUGAAUGGUUUGUCAUGAAGGGUAGGCACGAUCACGGAGGAUUCGGCGCCAUUAUCAAGCCGUUGAAAAAAGAAGCGAUAUACCUGACCCCACAGAAUCCUACCCUCCCAGAUUCGAUAACAAUAGAGGACUUAAUCGAAGAAAUGCCAGCGCCAUCCAAACAGGAAGUGCCGAUAACACCUGCUCCACAACCCAGACCGCUGAAAAAACCAAAACAAAAACAGCAAAGCAAAAGAAAUGACUCAACCGGUGAAUCUCAGUGUGAAGAAAUCGAAUCCAACUCAGUGAUUCGAAUGGCAUAUGACGGACACCGGUACACACUAUGCGAGUUUUUCGGCGACGGUACAUCCUUUUGGCGCUGUUGGGGUCAGCGGUGUAAAAAGUCUCUGCACAUGACUCCGGCUGGGUCUCUGUAUGCAAAAAACGAAACAAUUGACCACAACCAUGCGCCUACGGUAUCGAAAAUUGGUCGAAUCACACUGGAUGACGGUAGCAGGGAGGGGUUCGCCGUGUUUCAAGACUGCUGGGAUAAUACAAGUCUGAUGUAUCGCAACACACUCUGGCAUCUUGUUCACGGUGAGGGAGUCUAUUUUGCCUCAUGUAAAGACUUUCAAAUAACAGCUACGGAAGAAGUUCCAUGCCCGGCGAAAAUCCGAAUAUCGCUGGAUUACACGAAAUUUGAACAAACAGGCGAAUGCAUUAAUCACAGCGAUAAAAUUAUGCUUGUUCGAAGUGCACCUGAGAUCGUUGAGGGGGAUCCCGUUGUGUGGAAGCUGUAUCAGCAAAAACAUCCUCUAUAUCUCAGUGACGGUAGUCUGUUUACAGAGGGACGCAAUUCGCAUCUUUUUAUCGGUGGUUAUCGGUAUACACUGCAAAGUUUACUCUGGAAUGGAAGCUCUGUGUGGCGUUGCUCGCUGCAGUUUUGUACAACUAAAGGUCGCAUUUCGCCACGGGGGUAUUUCCAAACGGCAGAACAUAAACAUGAAAAACUGGAACGAAUGCAAGGUGUAAUGUGGAGUGAUAAACGGCAAAAGGAGGAACGUUACAUCGUGUCUACCACAGUGAAAAAAACGUUUGCUACCAUGUACUAUAACACAUAUUGUUAUGCUCUGAAAGAUCCAGAGCGCAAUGUUUGGAGUUGCUAUCCAGCUCUUUGCAAUGCUACGCUUCGUGUCGAAGGAGAUUUCCAACGGGUUGUAGAUGAGAUGGAACACCUGCACGAUGGCACUUUGACAUUCGUUAGGACGGAUGAAAGCUCAGAAAGCCAACAAACUACACCACCCGCCAAAGGAUCCUCUCGGAAGCGCCAAAUAGUUACCAAAGCUAACUCAGAAGAGGCUUCGGAAGCUAAAGUACCCCGCAUCAAACAAGAGCCUUUAGUGUUAUCUGAGUCGCGCCCGAAGUUGGACUCUGUCCUGCAAGUUUUGGAAAAGCGUUCUGUUAAGCCAAUAGAAGGAUAUCAGAUCAAUCAGACAAUUCGGUAUCACGGCGGGUACACGUACAGCCGCUUUUACGUCCAAAGUGAUGGUAGCCUCCGGCUGGAAUGUAACAAAUUCCGUUGUCCUGGUAAAAUAGUACUAUCACCAGACUAUAGGGUUUUAUCUAAAAUUGAACAUACACAUUCGAAAAAUUUCGAUUCCUACGGAACGAUAAGCGACGUGAUGACGGGAGAAACAAUGCCAUACAUUCUAGUGAACGGAACACACAAGCGCUAUGUUACCUAUUUUGUGUGCAACGGCUAUCGCUAUCACAUCAUAUCGAAGACUCAAAACUUGGACGCUGAAUCAGAAUGGCAGUGUGGCAAGUGUGAAGUAAAAAUAACGAUCUCCAACUCGUUUCGUGAUAUCCAGUUCGGUUCCGUGCAUGAACACGAUCCAACAAAUAUAAUAGUUCCUACAAAUCAGGAAGACAGUGUUCCUAGCGGUUUCGACCAAGGAACUGUACAUCUGGAUGAGGUAGUGUGGGGUAACCAUCGGUACACCACGCCUAUUUUAAUCAGGCGACUAAAUCGAGUCAAGUGGAUGUGCUUCAGGCGGAAAGAGUGCAAAGGCUACCUUUAUCAGCAAUCAGACGGACAAUUCGAAGAUAUGGAACCGCACAACCACGAGGGACCGGUAGAAACAACCGGCGAAGCCAGAUACGACGACCUGCUUAAGGUUAAGGAUCGAUUCGCCAUUUUAAAACCGGGCGAAAGACCUAAGGUAAGAAGGCUUUUGUUCCAAAACCAUAUGUAUCGAGAAACAGGGAAAAAUUGGGUUUGCAGUCGAAAAUCUUGCAACGGUGCUUUACAACCGAACUCUGAUUUCUCAUUUCUCCGAAUUAUUGAAGGACAUUUACAUCAACCCACUAUGACAUGCAUUAAAUUCCAAGAGGAAAUACAACCCUGUUUCCCUCUGCCACUGUAAUGACUGAAUGGACUAUUUAUUGAACAUAGAAUUAAUCGUUGGAAA